CUUUAAAUUACUGCGAUACAGGUUGUAGAUUAAAUGUUAACAAGAGCUGUCUAGAUAUGAGAGAAGUCCAGUGUUUGAUUAAUUUGCCUGAGAAGUUUGCAGAAUCUUCUUCCUUUGAGUGCUUUUGAAGGGGGAGCAGCAAAGAGGUCAGAAAUGCUUUAAGAACGUUCUGUUGUAGACUAGGGUGUUGUGCAAGAUGGUUCGUCCAUUGAGUUCAUUGCAGUCCACUCUAGGAUGUCAUUAACCACGGAGGAAGUGGGAGCUUUUCUAUCCAUCUAACUAAUGUAAAGACUUUGGUAUUUUGUAAUCUGGCCUUUUAUUUAUUUUUAAGCACAGCCUAAAAAUUCCUUGGUUUGUAGGCGUCUGCAGUUCAGAGUUAUGCCAUUGCUUCUUGGUUAUGCAGAAAGACUUCUCCCCUGCCUGUGUUGUUCUAAUUUUGGAGCGCCAACUGAAUAGAACUGGGAGGUCUUAAGCGAGUUGAAGUUUAUGCAUUCUAGCCCUGAGUGGUGGAUGUUUUUGUGCUUGGAAGUGAACAUUCUAAAAGGGUUGCUUUUGCCUUGGUAACGUCUAUGGUUUUAAAUGGAGAGGAGGGAGAGGGUGCCAAAGCCCUUUCUGUAAGGGGUCGUAUCUUCCCUUUGUUGUUCUUCAACAGAUACCUUUUUCAUAGCAAGUGAAAAAAUCAGUCCAGUUAUUAGCCAAAGAAGCAAUGGUUCUGUAGUCCCUACAGCUGAGUGUUGCUUUUUUUUUUUCGUGAAGAGGAGAUACAAGAAAUCUGGCUCAUGUGAACAAUUGAGGAUUUGUACUGUUCAGGCUUUCCGGACGUGCUGUUUCCUUGAGAACAAGAAACUAAGGAGCUAAACUUAGCUGCCAAAACCAGUGACGACCCAGGCUCCCAAAUCCUUAUGUCUGGAGAUGGAGGACCAAAAGCGCCCAGUUCUGACAUCUCCACACCUUCCAUCAUCACUGCAGCUUUAAGAGUGUAGGUGGCGUUGCCAUUGGUGGAGAGGGACCAGAGCUGUCAUCCAGUCAGGUGCUGAUCCCAAUUUGAUGGGGGGGGGGGCAGAAUCUGCUCUUUCUGCUCUUGGCUUUCCUCCCCCGUCGUCGUCGCUAUGGCUGUAGCUCAGCUUCCCUCCCCCAAUCCACCCCCUCAGCUCUCUGACUAACACUCUGUUGCUGCAGCCAGGCAAGCUUAAAAGCCACUUUAAUUCCAUUGGAAGGGAAUACCAAGGGAUUUUGAACCAGCACUCAUCUUGGUCCUGUACCCUCCUGACCAUUGGGAUACCUCCGAGAUUCCUUCUGGGAGAAGACUUUUCCAGAAAUGGAGCUGUGCUGGUCUUGGCACCCUUCGUCCAAAUGGCAAGUACCGGGCUUAUUUUUGCUGUUUGGCCAGGCGUUGGUCGCAGGACAGAUCCACUACUCUGUGGUGGAGGAGUCGGAGCCAGGGACCCCGGUGGGGAAGGUGGCUCAGGAUGUGGGCUUGACGGUGGCAGAUCUCCCAAGCCGCAGGCUGAGGCUGGCUGAGGAGAACAGAAGGUACUUUGCCGUGAAUCUGGCCAGUGGGUCCCUUCUGGUGAACGAAAAGAUAGACCGGGAGAGCCUGUGUGGAGCCAGCUUAGUGUGCCUCUUGCCAGUCCAAGUGGUCAUAGAAAACCCCCUGGAACUGUUUCACCUGGAAGUGGAGAUUUUGGACCUGAAUGACAAUGCCCCCCGGUUCCCCACCCCCCGGCUUUUGUUGAAAAUAGCCGAGUCUGCCCCCAUAGGGGCUCGUUUCCCACUGGAGAGCGCGCAUGAUGCCGACGUGGGGUCCAAUGCCGUCAGCGCCUACCGACUCAGCCCCAACCCCCACUUUUCACUCAAUGUGAAGAAUGUGAAGGACGGCAAGCUAUUGCCCGAGCUGGUGUUGGAGCAGCCUUUGGAUAGGGAGCAGCAGCCGGAACACCAGCUCAUACUGACUGCUCACGACGGGGGGGAUCCUGUCCUCUCUGGAACAGCUCAACUGACCAUCGUGGUCCUUGAUAACAAUGACAAUGAGCCGGCGUUCGAUCUCCCGGUGUACAAGGUCACCUUGCCGGAGAAUAUCCCUGUAGGUUCUUUGCUUUUCAAGCUCAAUGCAACCGACCCGGACGAAGGGUCCAAUGGAGAGAUACAGUACUCCUUCGGAAUCCACACGUCGGAUUCCAUCCAGAAGUUGUUUGGUUUGGACCCCCACACAGGUGAGAUCCACGUCCGAGGAGACGUGGAUUUUGAAGAGUCCCGUUCUUAUGAGCUCCAUGUGAGGGCCCGAGAUAAGGGUGUUCCACAAAUGGAAGGCCACUGUGUUAUCCAUGUGGAAAUCGAGGAUGAGAACGACAACGCCCCCGAGUUCCUCCUUACGUCCCUAGUAAACCCAGUGCCAGAAAACACCCCCUUGGAGACAGUGGUGGGGCUUUUCAAUGUACGAGACCACGAUUCGGGGGCCAAUGGCGAAGUGGUUUUAGAAAUAUCGCCAAAGCUCCCUUUUAAAAUUAAAUCUUUUGAAAACCACUAUUCCUUAAUGACCCGGGAGAAGCUGGACAGAGAGCUGGUUUCUCAAUACACCAUCAAAAUGACCGCCCGAGACUCGGGGUCCCCCCCUCUAAGCACAGAUGUCAUUAUCGUGCUGAACAUUUCAGACGUCAAUGACAACGCCCCGUCCUUCUCCCAGAAUUUCUACAACUCCUUCCUGAAGGAGAACAACCCACCUGGCUCCCUGUUGUGCACAGUAGUGGCUUCAGAUCUUGAUGAGGGCGACAAUUCCCAGCUGACUUACCUGGUGUCAGGGAGUUGGAUCCAAGACGCCCCUGUCUCUUCCUUUGUCUACAUCAACCCAGACAAUGGGAACAUUUAUGCCCAGCGCACUUUUGACUAUGAGGCGCUCCAGGUGCUUCAAAUCCCUGUCACUGUCCACGAUGCUGGGUCACCCCAGCUGAGCUCCAACGUCACCGUCUAUCUCUUCGUACUGGAUCAGAAUGACAACACCCCCACUGUUUUGCACCCAGUGAUUGGCCAGGAGUUGUCUGCGCUCCAAAGGAUCCCUCAGUCUGCCCCGGCAGGCUAUAUAGUAACCAAAGUCACAGCGGUGGAUGCAGACUCCGGCCAUAACGCCUGGCUGUCCUAUUCUUUGCUUCCGCAGUCCACAGACCCUUCCCUGUUCCAAGUGGCUCCCCACACGGGGGAAGUCCGGACUGUCCGAGACUUCCAGGAAACAGAUCUCACUGCCCAGAAAAUCCUUGUCCUGGUGAAGGACAACGGAGACCCCUCUUUGUCCACCACCGUCACCAUCUUGGUUUCUUUGGAGGACGAAGUCUUCGAGGAAGGACCUCAACUUCAAGAUUUCCUGACCAAACCCAAAGAAAAACUGGACCUCACCUUCUACCUGAUCAUCGCGCUGGUGGCUGUGAGCAUCGUGUCCAUCAUUACUUUCAUCGUCCUGUCUGCAAAAUGCUUUUGGAGUAAAAGGCGCAGAGAUGCCUCUUGCUGCAGCCUAGGUGACGUUCCUGCCAGGGACGUUUUCAAACAGUCUACCCCCAAGCUGCAGCUGAACUCCGAUGGCACUCUGAAAUACAUGGAGGUCACGCUGAGGCCCACGGACUCGGAGAGCCAGGGCUAUAGGGCCAGCUACUCCCCAGGAUCUGACCGGAGCGAUUUCACCUUCAUGAGGCCUGUGGAUUACCCCCCGUCAAGCACCCUAACAAGGGACUAUGAUUCUUUCGUGUCUCGAACCAAUACACUGAACCAUUCCUUGCAGCAAGCACAACCGGUGAACACAGACUGGCGGUUCUCUCAGGCCCAGAGACCAGGCACCAGCGGAUCUCAGAAUGGGGACGAAAAUGGCACUUGGGGCAGAAACAGCCAAGUUGAAAUCAGAAAUGCUUUUAAGCCAUGAUAGUGGCGUCAUCUAACCUUUUGGGAGAUUAAGUGCUCUGCCAAGAAUGUGCUUACGUUUUAGCUCAGUUAUACAAAUGUUUAAUGUGCCUGCUUUCUGGAAAAAAAGUGUACAUGAAAUGUCUGUUUGCCUACAAGAGACAAGCCCAAGAUAGGAAGAGAGAGAAAGGGUUUAGGGUCUCUUCCAAGAAAGAGUUUAUAUUUAAAUAAUUCUUCUGAAGAUAUAACCCUCCCUACAAAAUGGCGUUGCUAAUUCAGAACCCUUUGUGGAGAAAUACGUAGAAUGGACUUCUUUCAAAAAGGAAAACUAAAUCCCAUCCUGUCUGGGUCAUGUAUUGUUUUUAUUAUAACAGUCAUGGCAUGUCUUAGCUCAUUACAGAUAUUUGCUAAUUCUUUGUCGUUUCCCACAAAGCUUUAUAAGACAUCCAGCAAAUACUUGUUGAGCUGGCUUAGGAGACAGAAGCAUUUGGAAAUAGGGUGUUUAUGUUUUAAAAGAAACAGGAAAUGGGAUGGAAGGGCAUUUCCGCUCUGAAAUGUAUCUCUGUAAAGAGAAAAAGGUCUAGAUUCUCCAUAUGCUUUAUCAUCCUCUCUGGACAACUGCAGAUCUAAUUUCCUUCCUUCACAAAUAAAAGGAUUAUUUUUAAA